AGAGGUGGGGAAAGGAGGGGUCAGGGCAGCAGGGCACAGCCCCACACACUCCAAACUGGAGGACAGGGCCUAGGCAGAGCUAGAGUCAAGAGUCAAGGACCCUGGAACAGCCCACAAUCCCAACUCACCCAUGUUUCUUUGGAGCAAGUAGGCCUUUGGCCCCCAAGCCAGCUUCUCAACCCACCUCAACCAGGAAUCACCCCCACCUCCCCGGUCGCAGGCCCUUCAUAUCUAGUCAGCUUGGGUUCAUCUUUCCCAGGUGAAUCACUUCCUCAUUUCCUUUCAGCCCUUUAUUUGACACUCCUUUCCUCCACCCCACAGCCUCUGUUUUUCACAAGUUUCCAGUGAACGGAAGUCGUCAGAGGUGUAGAAAUCCACUCCUCUCUGCCAGGCAGAGGCAAGAGCAUUGCCCCCCUCCCAGCUGUCCAUCUUCCCUGUGGUCUGGCUCCUGCCCAGGACGCAGGAGAAGGAAGCCCUGCCCUAGACACAGCCUCAAUGAACCCCACCCUAGAAGGAGAGAGAAACAAGCAUGAGGCCCACUUGCCUCCUAAAAAUACACACUAAGGCUCCUGGAGGGCAGGGCCUGGCUUUUUCUUUUAUGAUCCUGCCAGCACAGUGCGGGAGAUUAAAGAGGACUAUAUUUUAACAAAAGAAUAAUAAACAACCACCUCAAUGGGCCAAGGCUGUGGGGUGAAAAGGCAGCUCUACAGUGCCACGAGCCAAGCUGCCAACCCCACGCCCUGAUAAGGUCUGCAGUGGGAAUUAAAUCACUUCCUCCCUCAGCACAGCUUAAGCUCUGUGAAGUGGGAAGCCCACUUGGGUUGGCACAGAAGCCAGGCCAGGGGGCUACACAGCAGACAAAGCUGCGGAACCCUGUUCUGCAGGACACCAAGCUGGUCCACUCCCAUGGGAGAAGUCAGGAGGAAAGUUCAGUGUCCAGUGACCUGGGGAAUAAGAAGGGAAUGGUAGGGUGCAGAUACCAGGCCCCGGCCAGCUGGUGUGGAGUAAGGGGUGUGCAGAACCAGGAAGUUUUAUUUACCCCAGACCCCCUUGCUCCUCCCAACAGCACCCUUUUCUCUCCUCUCCCAUGGCCACCCGAGGACUGUUACCAUCCCAGCCAGGCUCACCUACCCAGGCCUGGCCCAGUGCACUGCUGACAAAUCAGGGCAGCCCCGUGUGGCCCAGGACCCUCCACAGAAGGGACCUCAAGUGAGGCCCAGGCAGCCCAUGGGGAAGGAUGGGAGCACGGGGUAGGAGGCGGCAGGACCCAGGCCCUCAGCUGCUCUCGCCUGUCCUGAGGCCACGUGGUAGGUCGAGGAAGGAUGAGGAAACGGAGCAGCCAGACUGGCUGUCAGGCCAGGAGGAGGGCAAUUCUCCCCUCCCUAAGGUAAUACUGCUCUGCUAUGAAAACUCAGAGUCACCCUGGCAUGCCCCGAGCCCAGCCCUGGGAGGAGCCAGCCCUUUCCAGACAUGGGGCUGCUCCCUGUUACCACACCCUCUACCUCCUUCCCCUCAUACCUGUGGGCUCUGCUAAUGAGGGUCUGUCACCGGGCCCCAGGGCUGAGUCACCCACAAAAGCAACAGGUCUCUUCCUCUUCCAACAAUUGUUUCAAUAACUGCCACCCUCUGAGCCCCUCCUUCCCACACACACACUGGGGUCUGGGGGGCCAGACCCACCUGCUAGGGCCCAGGGUGGCGAGGCAGAGGGAGGAGGCAGCGUGGUGACACACAAAGCAGGGCUGUCCCCAGACGAGUCCCCAGAGGAAUCUUCAGCUCCCCAGUGCCCUGGGGUGUUGGCCACAUCUGCCCCAGUCCUUGCAUGCGGAUGCUGCAAUUACCUCAGAGUGUGCAACCCGGCUUCCCACCUGACUGAGUCAGCUGAGAACAACACACCUCCACGCCACACACCAGCACAACCAGCUGGGCACUAAUCAGUCAGAGAGCCUCGGCAGUGAGGCACAGGGGCCAGGGAGCGAGGGAGAGCUGUGGGCCGUGAGGAGUGGGGCUGGGGAAGGAGGACGGCCAGCCCUGCCAGCCCUGCCCGACUGAGAAGAUCCAUCUCUGACCUCCCCAGAGCCGCCCUUACUUCAGAUCCAGUAAGUGCUGCUUCUUCCUCUUGGGGUUUUUUCCACUGCCCUAUCAAGUAACCAGGCCACUCUUGUCCCUCUGGGAAACACUGUCGCCAGGAACUAGCAGUGCUCUGCUCUCCUUUUCCCGGGACUUCGUAUCACCACUGAAGAUGCUGGCCCAAGCUCUGUGCUGAGCAGAAAGCCAGAGGCCUCUGCUGAAACCCACGUGGGCUGUCUCUGAUUUUUGUCAUCCGCUGCUCCAGCAGGAACCAAAUGGUCCCUAGCCACUCCUGAAGUGGCCUUCUAAGGUACCAGGCUGGUCUGCUGGCUCCCUGGGUCCCAUGGAGACCUGGCGGAAAGGCUCCUUCCGCAAUGCCUCCUUCUUCAAGCGGCUGAGCCUGGGGCGGCCGAGGCGACUCCGGCGACAGGGCAGCGUGUUGAGCCAGGCCAGCACAGCUGGCGGGGACCAUGAGGAGUAUAGCAACCGAGAGGUCGUCCGGGAGCUUCAGGGGAGGCCAGAUGGCCGGCGCCUGCCACUAUGGGGGGACGAGCAGCCCCGGGCCACCCUCCUGGCCCCACCCAAGCCCCCGCGCCUCUACCGCCUCUACAGAGAGAGCUCAAGCUGCCCCAAUAUCCUGGAGCCCGCACCUGCCUACUCGGCUACCCUGCCCUCGGCAAUCUCCCUGGGAGACGCCCUCCAUGAAUACUCUGAGGAGGAACUUUUGGACACCUCCACCUUCCAAAGGACACCGGCUCCGGACCUCAGUGAUCCCUUCUUCUCCUUCAAAGUGGACCUGGGGAUUUCACUUCUUGAGGAAGUUCUACAGAUGCUGAGGGAGCAAUUUCCCAGUGAGCCCAGCUUCUGAAUGGGGUGAGGGAGGGCAGAGGUGGGGUGAAUAGAAGAGCCGGAAGCCUGGGGACCCCAGGGAAAGAGGGUAUAGUUGUGGAAUAAGAAAAAGGUGGGGAUAGGAAUCCGGGGCCCUGCCGGCCCUAUGGGUCUUCAAUAGUCCUCCAGGUCACCCCCGAGUGGAUGGACAGAGGCACAGAGUCGAGCUGGAAAUGUUGCUGACGAGAGCUCUGAAAGCAGCUGGCUAGGCUGGGACCAGGCAGAGGCCAGCUGAGGGGGAGGGCAGCGCCCUCUGUGUGUGGAGAACACACAGACUGGACAGAUCAGAUGGGUGCCCGCCUCCCGUCCUCUCUGAAGCCACUACCGACAGAGGGAGGUUACAGGACAGGUCUAGGCAAAAGCAGUCCAACUCCAGCGGAAGAGGAAGGUGGGGAAACCUGAGGGGAGAGGGGAGACGGGCCUGACCGGUCCAACGUGGCAGCUACUAGCUACAUGUGGCUGCUUACACUGACAUAACUGAAACGAAGCAAAAUUAAAAAUUUAGUUCCUCAGCUGCACUAGCCGCAUAUCAAAUGCUCAACAGCCACAACUGACUAACGGCUACCACAGUGGACAGGACAGGGCGGACAUUAACAUCACUGGAGAAAGUUCUGUUGGAGAGCGCUGGCUAGACCACGGCCGGAGCCAGCAGUGGCAUGGUGGGAAGGGGGACGCACAGGAGCCUGCGGCGGACGGGAGAGGCUGGCAGAGUUGGGAUAGUGAGGCACACAGAGAUCCAGAGUAUAGCUGAGGAACAAGGCCACACAAAUCAUGAACAGGAACGGGGGCAUGAGACACGCUGCCAACACAGCUGCCUGGAGCGCUGCCUGAGGACGGUGGCUCCGGGGAAUGCCAACUGAAGGCCCAGGCACAGCUCGCAAAGGCUGCUUUGGGGAGUUCCCAGAAUUAUUAGUGAUGGGAGCCCUUGGGAAAUGCAGCAAAAACAGUGGCAGAUUUCUCUCCUUGCUGCUGCCACGCGACAUAGGAGGGCUGACGAGGGGAUGGACAACACACGCGUGGCUGUUGCCGUGACGUGGUCUCCAGAACCCUCCACCAUGACUGGGGAGCCCUACUGUGCCUGAACCCUCUGCCGAUGGAAGCCUGCACCCAGGGCUGAGCUCAAUGGGUCAAGGCCCCACACGGUGGCCUGGCCAGAAGACCUGAAACCUAGCCGAGGUCAGCCUGUGCUCCAGGCCUUUCCAAGUGUGGAGAGGGGACAGGGAUACUUCCAUGCUCACUGCUUCCACAACUCAAAUCCGUGCCUCCAUCUUCUCUCCUCCUGUGAGGAUGUGCCCAGAAGAAAGGCUCCCCUCUAAAUGCAGGAAAUAAUGAAUAAAGUUCUGUAUAACACAGCCUGUGGUGUAUCACCUGGGGCUGAAAUACUGGGACUUCCCAGUGGGGGAAUGAGCUCUCUAGAACGGUCUCAAGUUGGGCCCAGACCAGUUCCUUUCCCUCCUCCGUCCAGGGUCUGGGACACACUCCUGGGGAGCUUCCUGUUCUCAUGGCCAGGCGACGGACAUGUAGGAGAGAAAGGGGGACACAACGGGGGCAAUGAGAGCAAAGGCCUUGCUGCCUCACCAGGCACUCUGUCCAUAGUACCUGAGGCUCCCACGCAGACCCCAGGCUGUUUCAGAGAAGGGAGAGCUCUUGGCCCCAAAGCUCUGUCCCACCAAAGUGGAGAGGGGGGUACCAGGG